AAGCUCAACGGUGACGGAGACUCUCAGGUAUCGCGAGGAGAAGUGUAAAAACUGCCGACAAUCGAUUGGCUAACGAGGUCGGUGACGCUAGACGCAAGACGCCGGGCCUACUGCGGGAGCGUAGAGUAGGCCGUGCGUUCCGUUACAAGGCCUCUGUGCGCCCGUGGAGUAGCCAUCAUGAGCAAAGCUCACCCUCCCGAGUUGAAAAAAUUUAUGGACAAGAAGUUAUCAUUGAAAUUAAAUGGUGGCAGACAUGUCCAAGGAAUAUUGCGGGGAUUUGAUCCCUUUAUGAAUCUUGUGAUAGAUGAAUGUGUGGAGAUGGCGACUAGCGGACAACAGAACAAUAUUGGAAUGGUGGAUAACGUAUAAAAAGUGGUAAGCCCAAAGUUCUUGAAAAAGGUGAGCCAAAAAGGACAACUUACUUUUAGCAAAUUAUUGAGUAUAAAGACAUCCAAGGGGUGGUAA